AGCUGCCCUCGCGUGCCCUCAGCUCGAUGCAAAAGCUGACCGCCCUGGACUUUGACUACAACGAGAUUUCGCGCAUCGAGGACUACAGCUUCUAUGGGCUGCGCGUGUCCAAGCUGAACAUCAAGGGCAAUCGGCUGCAGGCCAUACCGGAGCAUGGCUUCGCCGGUCUGGAGGACUGCAUGCAGGAGAUUGACGUGUCGGAGAACGGUCUGCGAACAUUUCCGAUGAUGGCGCUGCGCAAGCUGGACCACCUGCGCAUCCUGCGGCUCUCCAACAACAAGAUCUCCACGUUCUAUGGCGACAUUCAGCUGGCCACGAACAAUGCCUCGGCGGCGGCGGCAACGGCGGCCGCCCUGCAGCUGCCCUCGCUGAUCCUGCUGGAUCUGAGCUCGAAUCAGUUCAGCGAGAUUGCGCACGACUGCUUUCGCGCCUUUCCCCAGCUGAAGACGCUGUCGUUCUAUGCCAAUCAGAUCGAGAUCGUGCAGCCGGAGGCCUUCAGGAGCCUCAAGGAGCUGAUGUCGCUGGACAUGUCGCACAAUCGCAUCAUCACGCUCGAUCCGAAGGUCUUCGACAAGAACAAACGGCUGCAGACCGUCGACCUCAGCCACAAUCACAUACACGCCAUCGGCGGGGUCUUCUCCAAUCUGCCGCAGCUGCGCGAGGUGUUCCUCUCCGAGAACAAUAUACUGGAGCUGCCCGCGGAUGCGUUCACCAAUUCGACCAAUGUGGAUGUCAUCUACCUGGAGUCGAAUGGCAUUGCCCACAUCGAUCCCAAUGUGUUCAGUACGUUGGCCAACUUGGAUCACUUGUACUUGCGCUCCAACUUCAUUCCCCUGGUGCCCGUCACCCUCUUCGACAAGUGCACGAAGCUCUCGUCGCUGUCGCUGGACAACAAUGAGAUUCAAGACCUGGAGAUUGGCAUGUUCCGCAAGCUGGAGCAGCUGCGUGAGGUGCGGCUGCACAACAAUCGCAUUCGCCGCGUGCGGAAGGGGGUGUUCGAGCCGCUGCCGGCGCUCCAGGAGCUGCACAUCCAGAAGAACAACAUCGAGGACAUCGAGCCGGGCGCCUUCCACACCUUGGCCAACAUGCAGCACAUCAAUCUGCAGGACAAUCAGCUGACCAUGCUGGAGGACAUCUUUCCGGAGCAGAACUCCUCGCUGCUCUCCAUUCAGCUGGAGGCGAACUAUCUGCACAAGAUCCACCAGCGCACGUUCCGGCAGCAGCAGCGCAUUCAGAUCAUGUGGCUGCGCGACAAUCAGCUGGUGAAGAUCGACCGAUCGCUGUUCGUGGACACGCCCCAUCUGGGCCGGCUCUACCUGAGCAACAAUCGCAUACGCGAGAUCGAGAAGGACACCUUCGCCAGCCUGGGGCUGCUCAAGUUCCUCGACCUGAGCGGCAAUCAGCUGCGUCAGCUGCGCCGCGACUACUUCGCCACUCUGCACAGCCUGGAGGAGCUCAGUCUGGCCAACAAUCAGAUCGAGGCCAUCGAGGGCUACGCCUUCAGCCGGCUGAAGCAGCUCAAGUCCCUGGAUCUCUCGCACAAUCCGCUGGUGCAGCUGACACGCGACAUAUUCCUGGACGAGCUGCCCCUGAGCACGCUCAAUCUGCGCAACACCUCGCUGCGCAAGCUGGAGCAGCACACGUUCAAGUCCAUGCAGAAUCUGAAUGAGCUCAAUCUGGAGCGCAAUCAGCUCAAUCCGGCGGACAUACAAAAGCUCGACGUGCCCAGCCUGAGGCGUCUGCAUCUCUCGCACAACAACUUCAGCCACGUGGGCAUCGGCGGCGCCGUUGGGGGCAUCAUGUCGGGCAUGUUCGACAAGCUGCGCUCCCUGCAGCAGCUCUCCAUGGCCAACUGCAGCCUGAGCAGCAUACCCGAUCAGCUGUUCGCCAAGAACACGAACCUGGUGCGCAUCGAUCUGUGCGACAAUCAGCUGACCGAGAUGAACCGCAACAUCUUCAGCGGACUGAACGUGUUCAAGGAGCUGCGCCUGUGCCGCAACAAUCUCGUCGAGUUCCCGCACAUCGCCCUCUACAAUCUGAGCACGCUGGAGACCCUGGAUCUGGCCAGGAAUCAACUGAACUCCAUUGACUUCUUCAAGCUGAGCGGCACCCUCAAUCUGCGGCAACUGGUGCUGCGCGACAACAAGAUCAGCUCGCUGAGCGGCUUCAAUGCGGUCAACCUGACGCAGCUGGACAAUGUGGAUCUCAGCGGCAAUCUGCUGCUCUCGCUGCCGGCCAACUUUCUGCGGCACUCGAUCAAUCUGCAGCGCGUGGACUUGUCCAGCAAUCGGUUCCUGCAGAUACCCAGCUCGGCGCUGUCGGACGCGUCCAUACCGCGCCUGUCCUGGCUCAAUCUGACCGGCAAUCCCAUCAAUAAGAUCUAUACGGUGAAGGAGGAGCGCUAUCUCUACCUGAAGGAGCUCUACAUCUGUCAGACGAACCUCUCCAUACUCACGUCCAAGGACUUUGAGGCCUUUCAGGCACUGCAGCAUCUGCAUCUGGUCAACAAUCGCAUCACACGCAUCUCGCCCGGCGCCUUCAAGUCGCUGGUUAAUCUGCUCACCCUGGACAUCAGCGUCAACGAGCUGGAGAUGCUGCCCAAGGAGCGCCUGCAGGGACUGCGUCUGCUGCGCCUGCUCAACAUAUCCCACAACACGCUCAAGGAUCUGGAUGAGUUCAGCAGCGAGCUGGGCCAGCUGCAGACGCUGGACCUCAGCUUCAAUCAGCUGGAUCGCAUCUCCAAGAAGACCUUUCGCAACCUGCACGGACUCGUCGAGCUGCUGCUCAUGGGCAACCGGAUGACGGCGCUGUCGAACGACGGCUUUCGCUACUUGCGGAAGCUGCAUCUGCUCGAUCUGCGCAAGAACUACUUUGAGCUGGUGCCGCUGGAGCCGCUGCGGCCGCUCGAAACGAAUCUGCGCACUCUGAAGCUGGAGGAGAAUCCACUGCAUUGCAGCUGUGAUGCACAAAAGCUCUGGGAAUGGCUGCGGGAUCAUCGCAAAUGGUCGCUAUCGCCAACGGGCGGUGAUAACAUUAAUUAUCUGAGGUGCGAACACCCGACGGAGCUGCGCGGCAAGGUGUUUGGCCGCAUGGAGCCGCAGCAAUUUUGUGACGCCCCAUUAAUACCCAAAAUGGCCAUACAGGACAUACAGCCCUAUUCGGUGGUCGUUUCCUGGCAGAGUCGCGACCAUUUGGGCCUCACUGGCUUUGAAAUUGUUUACCACGCCACCGGCGAUGGACUCAUUGCGGCACCAGCCGACCGCGACGACGCCCGAGGCCGCACCGAUAAUCAUCACGAACGGGAUAGGGAUAGGGAACGGGAACGGGACCGAGACCGGGACCGGGACUACGAUAUGCAGCGACAGCACAGCGAGUUUGAGCGAGACAGCGAGAGGGAGCGGCUGGCCCAGUUUGCUGCCACGGAUGAGAUACACGGCAAGCGGCUAAACGGCACGGCCAGCUCGACAAAGCUAACGAAAUUGAGUCCCAACACGCGCUAUCACAUCUGCGUCAUCGGCACGGGUAAUUGGCUCUCGGAGCCGUUGGCCAACGCGCUCCAAAGGCUCCACUAUAAUGAGUCGCGCGACGAGCUGCUGCUCACGCUGGCAGCAGCUGGAGAUGGGCCCCUGGCCGCCGCCCUGCCCUCCAUGCCGGACAGCUAUUCGCCGUAUCAGCAUCUGAACGGCGCCAUCCACGAGCAGCAGCUGCAGCAGCAGCAGCAGCAGCAGCAGCAGCAGGCGCUGAUUGAGAACAGCAUCGGGACGGACAAGGCGCUGCAUGAGGUGCUCAAGAACUCGCACAUCUCGGCCUGCACCGACGUCCAGACCCUGGACUCCACGCCCAGCCUGAUCACGGACGAGAACGGGCUGUCGAGCAACGGCUUCAUCCACUCGAUACUGACGCGUCGCCUGGGCCUGAUUGUCGGCUGCUGCCUGGGCAUCAUAGUGUUCAUUGUGAUGAUAUCGGUGCUCAGCUACGUGAAGCUCAAGAAGCAGCGCAUCGAGAACGCCAAGCGGCAGGCGGCCAUGCCGCCCGAGUACAUCUCCUAUCGACAUUUCUCCAUACCCAACGAGGAGCUGACGCGCACCGCGGCCAGCGUCAACAACGCCGCGGCCGCAGCGGCCGCCGCCUCGGCGUCGACGGCGCCAGCCGGCGGCGCCCAUGGCAUGGCCAGCGUGCCGAGUGGCAUCAGUGCGCACAUUAGCGGCACUAGCUUGAGCACCGGCACCGGCACCGGCACCACCACCACCACGGCAACCACGCCCAUUGGCGGCGUGCCGUUGGCCAUGGCCAAGUCGGGCAGCCGCAGCCCCAUUGUGGGCAUCGGGGGGCUCGUUGUGGAGAAUGGCGACGCAGCGGGCAGCAUUGUGGCCGUCUCCACAUCGCCGGCGAGCAGUGCACCGCACAACAAUCACAGCCACAACAACCACCACCACCACCACCACCGGCCCAACAACGGGGCCAUUGGGGGCUAUAUGGCGGCGGGCGUGGUGCUCAAUACGAACCAUUUGAGCGUCUGUUAGUCGGCCCACGCCGGAUUAUUUCGAUUGCAUUCGAUUUGCAGUCCACUUCAUGAAUGUUGCAUAUUAUAUGCUGAAAGACUUGCUCUCAGUUGUCGUCAUUAAUGGCAUUAUCCGUGUCAGCAUGCAGCACACAUAUACAUAUACAUAUAUAUGUAUAUAUUAUACUCGAACAAUAACCAAUUCAAUCAGACGCGAGUAUUACGAAAUAUGCAGUGCUCAAAGGGUUACUCAAAUAAUUCAUUCAUUUUACCACACUGGCUCUGUCGCUGCACUCACUUGAUCUGCCAA